UCAGUAUAUCAGCUGAUGACGAUUAGGCUACACAUGAGAACACUGCUCUCGUACUAGUAGAGCGUUGCUUAGUGUGCGAUCCCGACGUCUCACGUCAAGUUGCUUUUGCGGAGUGCAAGCAGUUUAUUUAAUUUUUAGGAAAAGUAUUGAUCCCAAGGACAUUCCUUUCUAUUAGCAGAGGACUCCACUGAAAGCAAGAAUGAGUGUGGCACGAUAUUACAUAGUCGUUCUGAUGGUUCUUUUUGCGAUUUUGACAGACACAGACGCUAAAGUUUACAGAGAGGAGCCGAGGAGUGGGCUCCUUACAGGAGAUGGGAGAUCAAAGGAUGCCCUCCCUCAAAGCUCCUACUCUGGCGAUGGGACGUCCUUCACCGAAGGGAGGCCGUCUGAGAGUGGGCACUCCAGCCUAUCCCCUACUACCCAGGAAAAUGACAGAGAGCUCCUCCUGGUGACAACCGCCUCACCCCCGAAUAUCCCCAACCACCAACCUGUCUACCAGGGUAUCCUCUUGCACAAGUCCCUCAAGGGAGAGGGGCAUUUCUUUGAGGACAGUGGGGGUGUGGAGACCCACGCGACCAUGCCCCCCUCAGGUCACCACUUCCCCAGGAACCCCUCCUCCGUCUCUGGCAUGGCCUCAACAACUAUCACUGUGGCAAACGCACCAAUGGAGACAAAGGACGGUGCUUUCCCGAAGGGGCGUGUCUCAAUGACUGAGGCGGUGAACAAAGGCCGUGGGAGGAGCUCAGGGAGAGAGGAGGAAGUUGAUAACGUAUAUACCUUGACCACUCCUGACACGCGUGCGUCUGCUCUCCGCUCAGACAAGCCAAACCUGUCCGUUCCCAUGGGGGCCAGGCACACCGAGCUCCUUGCCCUCUUUACCGUGAGUCCCCCUCUCCUGACCUCACCAGGGGCGAAGGGUCCCGGGAGGUCAGAGGAACGUAGCACGAUCCAAGCCACUGACGGGGAAGCGAUGGUGACGCCUGUUGUCGCUGGAGACGUGGAUGAUGAGACCACCACGUCCACUAUUACUACCACCACCAUCAUCACCAGCAUGAACCAACCAGUUCCAUGCAGCUCCAACCUGACAGCCCCAGAAGGUUUUAUUGCCCAGCCAUCCGGCUCUUGGUACUACCCGUCAGUAGACUGCACCUACACCAUCACUGUCUACAUGGGAUACGGUCUAGAGAUACAGGUGAUUAAUGUGAGCCUGUGGGAAGGGGAGCAGAUGAGGUUUAAGGACCUGGGGGGCGGGGAGCCCUCGGUUCUCGCCAACGAGUCCAUCCUGAUGAAGGGGCUGGUGGUACGCAGCAGGAGCAACCAGAUCGCUAUCCACUUCCACAGCCAGCAACAGAGCCAGCCCGGAUCCUUCCUGCUCAGAUAUCAAGCCUUUGUGUUGAGCUGUACUUUCCCCCAACAGCCAGCCUAUGGGGAUGUGUCUGUGAGCAGCCUACACUCUGGGGGAGAGGCCUACUUCCACUGUCUGACCGGGUACCAGCUGCAGGGGCCCGACACUCUGACUUGCCUCAACGCCAGCACCCCCUACUGGAGCGCCAAGGAGCCACAGUGCCUCGCUGCCUGCGGUGGCAGGAUCUGGAACGCCACAGUGGGACGCAUUGUGUCGCCCGGUUUCCCUAGCAACUACAGCAACAACCUGACAUGUCAUUGGCUACUGGAGGCCCCAGAGGGACAACGUGUGCACAUCCACUUUGAAAAGGUGGCCCUGGCGGAGGAUGACGACAGGCUUCUGCUCAAAAACGGGAACAACAUUGACUCUCCUCCACUGUAUGACUCGUAUGAGGUGGAGUACCUGCCCAACGAGGGCCUGGUAAGCAUCUCCAGACACCUCUUCAUUGAGCUCACUACCGACGGAGCUGGGACAUCCACCGGCGUCGCCAUCAGAUACCAAGCGUUCGCAGCCGGCCACUGCUAUGAGCCCUUCGUCAAAUACGGUAACUUCACCAGCAGUGACAGCACGUGGGCGCUGGGGACAAUGGUGGAGUUCGCCUGCGAUCCCGGCUACACCCUGGAGCAGGGCUCGGUCAUCAUCGAGUGUGUGGACCGCCACAACCCCCAGUGGAACGAGACAGAGCCUGCCUGCCGAGCCGUCUGCAGUGGAGAGUUGACUGACUCUGCAGGAGUGGUCCUGUCUCCAAACUGGCCUGAAGCCUACGACAGGGGCCAGGACUGCAUCUGGGGGAUCCACGUGGAGGAGGACAAGAGGAUCAUGCUGGACAUCCAGGUCCUUAACAUAGGAAAGAACGACCUGCUCACGUUCUAUGAUGGAGAUGACCUCACCGCCAAGGUGCUGGGCCAGUAUGGAGGCUCACGGCCCCACUUCAAACUCUACACCUCCAUGGCUGACGUCACCAUUCAGUUCCAGUCUGACCCAGCCACCAAAAUCUUUGGAUACGGCAACGGUUUUGUGGUGCACUUCUUCGAGGUGCCUCGUAACGACACGUGCCCCGAGCUCCCGGAGAUCACCAACGGCUGGAAGAGCACCUCCCACCCCGAGCUGGUCCACGGCACCGUGGUCACGUACCAGUGCUACCCAGGCUACCAGCUGGUGGGCACCGAGCUGCUAAUGUGUCAGUGGGACCUGACCUGGAGCGGAGACCUACCUAGCUGUGACAAAGUGCUGUCGUGUGCUGACCCAGGUACUGUGGCUCACAGUCACAGGGUGAUGUCUGGCCCACAUUUCACUGUGGGCUCCACCAUCCAGUACAUCUGUAACAAAGGCUACAUCCUGUCUGGAAACAGCCUGCUCUCCUGCUUCAACCACGGCUCCUCCGGACUCAGGUGGAGCGAGAGGCUUCCCAAAUGUGUCUAUGAGACCUUUGAGCCCUGCAGAAACCCAGGCACCCCAUACUACAGCACCCUGAACUCAGACAAGCCUCUCUACCAGGCUGGGGAGACACUGCGCUUCUCCUGCCUCAAGGGCCACGAGCUGCUGGGGGAGCCUGUCCUCCGCUGCGUCCCUGGGCACCCUUCGCAAUGGAGCAGCCUGCCCCCUGUCUGCAGAGCUUCCUCAUCGGAGUUAACACAUGAACACCUGUUAGAUGUUGCCAGUGCAGAUUUCAGCUGGGAAGGAGCCAAAAUAGCUCUAGCAAUCUUCAUACCAGUUGCUAUCAUUAUAAUGUUCGUCGUUGGGAUCUACCUCUACUUCUCCAAGGCUCAAGGGAAGUCUCUACAUCUGCUCAUGUCCACAUCCUUGCCCUAUGAACACAUCGCAGGAGAGUCCACCUACGACAACUCCAUCUUUGAGACAGAGCCCACAGAUACAAGAGAGUAUGAGGUCUCUAUUUAGGGAGCCUACAUGUUUCAGCAUGGACAGGUCUGGUCUCAUGCCUGUUUGCCUUGUGGAAGUCUGGCUGCACUCGUCCUCCCUGGACCCCGUCCCUCUUCACACUGCUCCGCCUUCUCCUCUGAACCGUUAGAAUACACCCCUGCCCACCCCACAGUGGACCUCGGCCAUCACAGCAAAGACUGGGAAACAUGAUUAUUUUUCUAGAGCUUCAACAGCAAUGGUCUAGCAGCAGUGUUUGUACAGUUUUUAACCCUGUGAUGAUCAAACCUUAAAGACUUCAGUACAAUAUGGAGCCUCGCGAAGAGGAUAUGCCGAGCUUGUAUGUAAUCGAAAAUGUGUAAAUACAUGUUUUUCACAUAGCUUCUAGGGCAUAUUUAUUUUUCUUUUCAGGUGAGGUACACCAUAAGAUAGCUAGAUUAUUCAAGUGAUUUUGGGUGGGAUAUUACUAAACACUUAAUGGCCUCUUAAACCGUCUUAGUACAAUGGACAGUUGAAACAUAAUAACAGUUUUUGUACAAUAGCUCCAAAUUGUAAAGAUGGCACUCUCAAAAACACUUUUUUUAAUGCAACCUCCCAUGGUAAACAAUUUUGAAUGUGCCUUAAAUUUAAGGCCCUUCUUACGCAAUGCUGAAGACAUUGGUUAAAUUUGAAGGAUUAUGUUGUUGGUUUCAGAUGGGUAAUAAAAAAAGAGAUUUAAGAUAUCAGUGUUGGAAGAAAAAAGUUGUAAAAAUGUUCUUGGUUCACAAGUGUCUCCAUUGUGACGAUUAAGAGUAUUUAUUAUUAUAUUGAACUGGCAAACCUUUGAAAAACUCUAAUGUAUGUAAAUUCUAGUGCCAUUGAUUGUUUGAUGAAAACAAAGGUACUCAAAGGUUAAAGAAGCACUGCUGUGGAUUGGGGAAUCUAAAAAAACAAUUAUAACAUUUUGUUGAUAAUAAUAUAGCUAAUGCUAUAGGAGACUGCAUCACAAAUGUUUUUCUUUACAUUAUUACAUGAUCAUAUUUAUUCAUUCAAAUAAGUGUGAUGACAAUGAUGAAAACGCUAUAAUCUAUUUUUGAGUCAUUGUAUAUACACUGAUUAAGCCUUCAUGAACAAAAC